AUGUUGUAUGGUGGAUAUUUAGCCAGUGGUAUUUAUGGGUGUCUUCAAGUACAGGAAGGAAUUGACCUAAGGAAUUUGGCUUCUGACGAUUCUUAUGUAUCUUCAUUUUAUGACAAAGAGGAAAAAUACUUUUCAGAGUAUGGUCCGAGAGUUAUGGUUGCUAUUACCAAAGAAGUCCCAUACUGGAAUUCAGAUGUUCGUAAUAAAAUCGAACGUUGCAUGGAAUCGUUUGAAAAUAAUUCCUAUGUUAACAAAGCAUUUUCUGAGUCAUGGCUGAGAGUAUAUGUUACUGUUGCAGAACGAUUUAAUCUGGACUUAAACAAUCAGAAUUAUUUUAUUGGAAAUGUCAGUAGGUUGUUUGUUAUUUUGCCUGAAUUUCAGCAAGAUAUGCAAUUGGAAUGGGAUGUCAUAAAAGCUUCACGUUUUUUCAUUCAGACUGUUAAUGUAACCACUGCAGUUGAUGAAAAAAAUAUGUUAAACCAGCUCAGAGAUAUAGCAAAGGACUGUGAUAUUCCAUUAUUGGUAUAUCAUCCAGCAUUUAUAUAUUUUGACCAAUAUACGGUUAUCAUUCAGAACACUAUUCAAAAUGUCCUUGUGGCUGCUGCCGCUAUGUUUGUUAUCUCGAUACUCUUAAUUCCAAACCCACUCUGUGCACUGUGGGUGACUUUCGCAAUCGCCUCCAUCAUUGUUGGUGUCACCGGUUUCAUGUCUUACUGGCAGGUAAAUCUAGAUUCUAUAUCAAUGAUCAACCUUGUUAUUUGUAUCGGGUUUUCAGUUGACUUCUCAUCUCAUAUAUCAUACGCUUAUGUUUCCAACAAGAAACCAAAGGUAAAUGACAGAAUAAUCGAUGCCUUGCAUUCUCUGGGUUACCCCAUUUUACAGGGAGGUUUAUCAACAAUCUUGGGGGUGGUUGCACUUUCUGCCUCAGCGAGUUAUAUCUUUAGAACUUUUUUUAAGAUAAUUUUUCUUGUCAUUGCGUUUGGCAUGCUCCAUGGGCUAGUUUUUCUGCCAGUGUUUUUAACUCUGUUUGGAAAUUGUGGAAAAAAACCUAAGGUUGAUAAGUCAGAUCAUGAGCUGUGCACUGGUACAAUUAAAAAUCCACACAGCCUUGAUUUUUCAGGAGACCAUCAGGGACAAAAUGACAAUAGCUCAUAUUACAAGUUUCAAAACCGAUACAGGUCUGAUCCUGACUGCCCAUAG